AUGUCGGCCAAGAAGCGUGAGCCGCCGCCUCAGAAUUCUCUUGUUAUUCCCCAAAAGGCCACCUUCCUCCGUCUGGGCCACAAGAAUCACUCGCAAUGGACUGCCCUGGGAUCGGCAUCCUUCGUCCUCAUCUCGGGCGGAAUGAGCUUGGCCUGGGGAGCAGGCUUCGCAGUUCACUCCGCCCAUCGGGAUCAGCUCCUGCUCACCGUGCACAUGCAAAUCGCCUGGUACGCAACUGCCAUAUUGGGAGCCCUUUUUGCCGCUUUUUACACCCACCGACUGCCACAGCAACCCAUCUACAUCUUUGGCUCGUGCUUGGUGAUCACAUCCGGAAUAUUAUUCCUGGCUUGUCCGGAGAGUCCUGAAGCCAUUAUAGCCGCCCGAUAUCUGGAUGGCUUGGCCAAUGGGCUGGUUUUCGUGCCUGCCCUGAGUACAGUGGGUGAGAUUGCGGUGAGCGAGAUCCGAGGUCUUCUGGCAUCCACUGUGGAGCAACUCAGCUCGAACACUGGCAUCCUGAUGCAGCUGAUCUACACGGCCGUUUGGCAGGCGGACUGGGACGUGAUCAUUGUGGCGGACCAGGUGCAUGGGGUUCUCUCGAUAAUCUACGGAGUGAUAGCCUUGGCACUAGCCCUAACUCUUUGUGUGGAGUCACCGGUGCACCUGCUGAUGCGGUCCAACGAACAAAGGGCGGUGUCUGCUCUGAGACACCUGCAACGACCCUAUAUGGUGACUAGUGAAACACUCCUGAGACUGGACGAACACAAACUGUAUGUGGCUGAGAAUCGGGAGAUGUGUGUGUGGUUGAGUCUGCAGAAGGGACUGCCAUCGCUGCUUAAGCUCCUGGUCCUUCGAUUGUUGGGAGUCCUGUGCCUGAACUACAUCAUCUGCUGUGCCCUGUACGAAACGGCCAGCCAGUUGGUGAGCUGCUUUCCUGCCUGGCCCUAUGUGGUUUUCGGAGUGCUGCGGUGGUGCGGCUGCUUUUUUGUGGUGCUGCCGAUGGACACCACUGGUCGCAAGAAACCCACUCUCUUCGGCACCUUUUCCACCGGUGCGUUUGCCAUUGCGUUUGCCAAUUUGUUUGGCAGAACGCCUCACAUGAUCACCGCACUAGUGAUGCUCUUCAGUUUGCAGUUCUUCGCGGGAUUGGGACAGUGUGCCUCGGCUGUUUACCUCACAGAAGCAUUUCCCCUGGGAAUAAAACCACACUUGGUGGCUGUGGUUUACAUACUAGAGUUAGUAACACGACUGCUUCUGUGCAGCUUUCCACCUUCAAUAGCUGGAAUUACGGCGUAUUUUCAUGUACUCGGCUCACUUUCUAUGGUUUUUUUCCUUCUGGGAAUCUUUUGUCUGCCGGAGACUAAACUUGUAACUUUGGCAGAGGCACAGCUUAAGUUUUCCAAGUGGUUCAACAAAGAUUUUUAAGUUUAUAGGAGGGGGGUAAUCAAAAUAUGUUUAGGACAACAAGUUUAUUGAGUAAAUAUUGCGUGAAGAUUAUUGAGUGAAUACUUUGCAAUUUCCAAUUGGUGAUAAAUUCGUGACAGAUAAGGGGUAAUCCCCUUAUUGUAAGGAUUGACAACCGUAUCGAUCGCAAAAGAUAAGGCAAAGCCAAUGUAAUUCUUAGUCGAGGCUGGAAAAUACCCAGGGAUAUAUUUUACUUUAUUUUAUAUAUAAAUACAUUUAAAAUUUAAGAAUAACUAUAUUAAAGUCAUCGGAUACAUUCGAAAUACGUAAAAUACACUUCUUUAGCUAAAUAAAUAAUCGGUAGCAAAUGUCUGUUACUCUCCUUCUAAUGUGAUUCAUAGAUAGUGAAAAAAAUUGGCCAUAAACAAACCUAAUGGUUGCUAUAAACAAUAUCAGCAACGGUGGCGCAAGCUAUUUAAACAGCAGCUAGUUAAGUUAGUUAAAUAUUGACCACCGUCAGCGAAGGCUAGCCCAAUGAAGAUAAUAUGAGUCGAAUGAACCACAACAAGCCAAACUGGAAUGACAGCGACAGUUCCAAGAAGGGACACAAACUAAAGCCCAACGCAUGGGAUUCAGUUUCUAGGGGCCUCGAAAACUCCAACAGCAAAUGGAAUUAUGUAGCCUUGUUACUUGUCGGAAUUAUUGGAACUGUUUUUGACUUCUUCAUCAGAAACAAGAAAGCUAAGAAGCAAAUCCUGCAACUUUGUUCCAUUCUGGUGGCGAUUGGAAACUUGUUAAUGGCGUGCUUUAAAAACACCGGUCGUGCUAAUUUAAACAGAGGACGUAACCGAAAAUACAACAAAAAUAAAUAAAUUGUUCAGCAAAUAAAAUCUAGAAAUUUA